CAGCUGAAGGACGUGGUGAUAGCAGUUAUCAGCUGUGGCCUGUGGCCCACGAUUAAAGAUGUACAUCUUAGCUGCGAGAGAAAAAGGCCACGGGACCAGUGACAGUGUGACCGGAUCCGCAUCCGAAUUUAUACCGUACGGGAAUUAUGAUCGCGGGAUUCGACGAAAUGUUUUUAACGAUCAGCUUAGUUACCGCCGUUAUAUUUUCGCGCGUGCGCCGGCGGACUUGUUUAGCGGAAAACGGUAAAUCAAACAAUUUAAUGUUUCGCGAAAACACGAUAUCCCGAUUUACGAUCAAGCAACAAUAAACGUCGACCGUCGUACCGAUAUUGAACAAUUUGAACAUAUUUUAAGCGACGCUUUGUUUCGGCCAUUGUCGAUACACUCUCCUUUUCGCUUUCUCAGUUGUUGUACCGCACCGCCAGUCCGUCUUUCGGUGAACGAUCCGAUUGUUUAUUUUGCACCGAAAAGAAGUAAAAAAUCAUCCGAUCAAGAUGCCAAAAAUUAAGAAAAAUGUUAAUGAUGAAAACAAAUACCCAAAUAAAUUGACGGUCAAAAAAAGUAAACCAGUUUUCAAAUUUGAUAUGAAAAGAAUUCUAAAAGAAAGACAAGCUGAGUGUGAAUUUUGGAAAAAAAAUGCUGAAAUUGAUAAAGAGAUGAAAAUUGUAGAUGAUUUGUUUCAAAAAGAAGUGAACUAUACUAUUAACCAAAGUGAUGAUAAACUUGUAUUACCGAAGUUUGGAUAUGUUAUAUUUGACCCCUCUAAGUUUAAUGUAAGCUUUGAAGAGAAUUCUGAUAUAACAGGAUCAUAUUAUUCACAACAGCUACUUCUAAUGUCAAUUGAGGGGAAUGAUCUUGAAGCCAACAUAAUUUUUAAUAAUCUGAUGAAUUCUAAUUGGUCACCAGUAUUUGAAGAUGUUCAACGUAUUUUUUCAAACUGGGGAGCUGAUUUGAAUUCAUUAACUAAUAGUACACUAUUAAAAAGUCAAAUAAAUGAUUGCAAGAACUUUAAACGGCACAAUUUUGAAUUGGUAAUGAAUUUCAUAUCUUAUAAUAUUGAGAAAAAUAAUAAGACAUUUAGUGAAGAUGAACUACUAACAUUGGCACAGUAUAUUGCCAAAAUAUCCUUUGAUCAGUAUUGUGGACAAAUGAUAAAUGUUAUACAACAAUUAUUUAGUGCUUGUAUUGAAACUGCAUUACAAGAUGACGAUGAUGCUUCUAUUAUUACAUUUGCUCAAGAAUUGUACUCUCAAUAUAAUACUAAACUACUUAAAAUGGUUGUUGAUUUAUUCCUUCCUUUAGAAGGAAAGAUAAUGAAAAAAGUAUAUACUUAUAUAACAUUCAAGCUGUAUAAGUCACUUUUAGAAAGAACCAACAACAUGAGUGUAUUUCCAACUAAUAUUAAAGAAUGGUUUGUUCAAGACUUAGUGGAUAAAGAUUUUUUCAAUAGACGACCUAAAAGAAUAUUACACCGUCUUAUUCGGCUGUUGGAACAUGUUGUAAUUGUUUUUGAUUUGUACAGAGAUGAAAAAAAACUUAGUGAAAUGUAUGACUUUUUAAAUGUCAUGGUAAAACCAACUGGAUUAUCAGAUUCUCUUAAACUGGUUAAUAUAUUGGAUCAAUGGAGGUUACGAUUAUUCCGUUUACAUGUAAAUCGUAAGAAUGCUUUAUUCUAAUAAUCUCAUGAUAUUAUUCCUAAGUACAAUAACAUAUUCAAGAGUCAUGACUAUGGUUUAUUGUAGUACAUCCAUUAUAUAUUAUUUUCAUUUAUAUUUGCAUUAUUUAUUUUUAUUAUUAAUGAUUUAUAUUAUAUCGGGGAAGAUAUUUUUUUUAUUUGUUUGAGUAACUAAACUUGGUUCCAAAGUUAACUUUAAUAAUGUAAAAGUAGAUUUAUUACAAGUCACAUAUAUUAUAUUAUAAUGUUAUUAUUAACCAACUAAAUUAAUAUAUGUUUGUAAAUUAUUUAGUAUUGUUUUUCUUAGUCAUUAUAAUAUGUUAAAUAAUGUUAUACAUAAUAUGUUAAAAUUCUGUUGGUUGAAUUUCUAUUUAAAGUUAAUGUACAAAAUUAUACUAUAACAAAAGAUUUGUUGUCACACACAUUUUGUGCUUUGUAACUGUUUGUUAGUUCACUGUACUAAGAGUCAAAUAAAACAAACUUAUCGAACUCUUCUAGAUCAGACGUCUUCUUAUUAAGCCUUAAGUCUUGAUGGUAAGUGCUGGUUUAUUUUCAUAUGAUAUACUAUAAAUAAGGAAUAGGUAUUUUGUGGAAUGGUGUUAUUCUUAUUUUACAGUAUCCUUUUAAAAAUUGUGUUAGUUAUGUGUAUAAUGUCCAUGAAUUUCGAUAUGUUGAUAUAUAUUAUGAUUUUUUAAAUACUAACACCAAAAUUACAUGUUUAAAGAAUUGUUUUUAUAUUCAAAUAAAAGUAGUUUAAUGCCACAUCAUA